GGAUUUCUGGCAUCGGUCCCGGCCUUGGUAUCGAUUUUCCAGACUAAAGCUUGAAGAAAAUACUGCCGAGAUCUCUCUUAUAAGACAUGGAAAGGAAGUACCUCUGUCUGUGUGUUGGACUAUCGGUGGCGGUGAAACUUGUUUAACAUUUGAAGACGUAUUACCACUUAAUUUCCAAGAAGUUAUCUGUGCACUGGUUCCAUUGUGCCAAACAGUGCAACAUAUUAUCAUUGACUGUGAUAUGUUAGAUUGGUAUAUUCCUGCACAUGACACCAGACCUUUCAUUCCAAUGAGAUCAGUCCUCACCGUUUGCAUUCUCGGCAGCAAUUCUGGAUACCCAAAUGCACCACUCCUUUCGACUCUCAGUGGUUGUUUUCCAAAUGCAAAGAGUCUUGAGCUAUCUUGUUACUUGUUAACACGCACUCGAAAAUACCAUUCCGACCCCCAAAUGUCUUCCUGGAGACAGGUAAAAUUAGACUUGUGGAACGGAAACUCAAAAGACCACGUCUCUCUGGAGACCAUCUUCCUCUCCUUUUCUUCUGCCUGUCAAAACAUAGAAUCACUCUCCAUCAAAAGCCCUAAAGCUCUCCAAUGGGACAAGUCAAUCAAAGCCGUUAAAGAAUGUACAUUACCUAAUCUGACUGAUAUCCAUCUUGAAUGUCAUUGGUCUGACGAGCAUUAUUCACUUCAAUUCACAACAGAAUUACUACACGUAAGUCGUAGGAUGAGUCGUAGUUUGAAGUUUGUCAAAGUAGAAAGUGUACAGCUAGGAGAUGCAGUAAUGAAGAGUGUUGAAUGGUCCAGAACAUCUUCAGAUUCUUCGUUGCAAAUUAAAUGUGCAUCAGCGGCUGUACCCAUAAUUGACUCAAUUAAUCUUACAACUAGUGACCUUAAAGAGGUUACCGUCCUUACCUUUUACAGUUGCAAGAUUGAUUUCGGUCAGUCUGAAAGUAAGUCCCCGCAAAGUCCGAAGGAACUUGGUACGCUGCGGGAAAUCAGGUUCGUUGGUUCAGAAAACCCACUUUCCGAAUCUGACAGGAACAAGCUGUCGGAGUUGUAUCCUAAUGUCAAAGUGACAGAAAAUCAGACGAGUCAGGAAUCAUCUGAAGAAUCCCAGGAGGGUGCAGGGAUACCUUUCAAGUUGGAUAAGGCCUCCUCUCAACCACUCAAAACCUCUCCAAUAGAUGAACUUGCUGAGGAAAAGGUUGAAUUUCAUGAAUAUACAGGCUCACAGAACCCUGAAGGCAGAGAAGAAGAAACAUCUUGGCAAGAAAAAGAAGAGGAAUAUGACGUCAACCAAGUACCCGAUGGAGGAGAUGUCGAAACAACCAAGAAGGAGUGCUGCAAGAGAGUUGGAGCUGAUGGGGGCAAACUUCAGCUAGAAUCCUUUGGAAUUGAACUUGAGAUACCUCCCGGUGCAAUCGACAGCAAAGAGCAACAGGAAAUCUUUCUACGUGUUCUGACCGAUACUCCUGAUCUUGGUGACACCAAAGAGGAGAUGUCAGUCUGCUUCAGUUUACAGACCUUAGCUCCUAGUGACUUAGUGCUGAGGUCACCGGUGACUUACACAAUACCUCAUUGCGCUGUUGCAACACGGUACUCCAGUUUAGAGGCAGUCCUAUACACAGGAGAGGGGGAGUAUACAUCGGAUGCUGAAGUCAAUGAACGAAUCCUACUUACAAGGUCAGGAAUACCAAACUGUAUCAUCGAGAAAGAUGUUCUAAGACUGCAGAUGGAUCAUUUCUCUUGGUUUAGCUUGGGAUUCAUCAAGAGUUUGCUCUUCAGAGGGAAACAAAUGUGUUGUUUGCCAUUUACCAAGAAGCCUCCACCAGAGAGAAGGGUGCCCGUCAUUUUACGUGUACAUCUCUAUGAUGACAUCAAAGGGAAAGAAGAGAUGGUAAUACAAAAGGAAGAUCGUGUAGGAUUUGCCCAUAUUCACCCUUCUACAGAAGUUCCAAUCAACGUGACAGAAGAGGACGUCACAAUGACUUGUUUCAUUGAAGAUGAUUGUGUUGGAGAGGAG